CGUUUUCCUGUUAAAGGAGAGAGGCGAGUAAAACACAUUAAAAACGACAUCGGUUCAUAUUUAUCUCUGUAGUUGUCCUCUUCGUUCUUAAAGCGCUAAGCUAGUUAUUCUUUGUCACUCGCGCACUGCGUAGCUGCCAAGCGAGAAGCUUAACGGCCUUGAAGACAGAAAAAAUAUUGGAACAGUAACCAAACACACGAAAGGCAAACACAAAUGGCGGAGGCAAAAACGAAAUACGAUCGUCAACUCAGGAUAUGGGGUGAGCAAGGACAGGCAGCUUUAGAGAAAGCAAGCAUAUGCUUACUUAACUGUGGCCCAACAGGUUCCGAGACCUUAAAAAAUCUUGUUCUUGGUGGAAUUGGAUCUAUCACAGUGAUUGAUGGUUCUAAAGUCGAAACUGGUGAUCUUGGGAAUAAUUUCAUGGUGGAUGAAUCAAGUGUUGGUCAACCAAAAGCGAAAUGUGUGUGUGCAUUUCUUCAAGAGCUAAAUGAUGCUGUCAAAGCUAAGUUCAUAGAAGAGCAUCCUGAGGCUUUAAUUGAGACAAAUCCAUCUUUUUUUUCUCAGUUCACUUUGGUAGUAGCCACUCAGCUGGUGGAAGAUUCAAUGGUAAAGCUUGACAGGAUAUGUAGGGAGGCAAAUGUUAUGUUGAUAUUUGCACGCUCCUAUGGCCUUGCUGGAUUUGUUAGAAUCAGUGUGAAGGAGCAUACAGUGAUAGAGUCAAAACCUGAUCAUUUUCUUGACGAUCUUCGGUUGAAUAAUCCAUGGCCUGAGCUCAAAAGUUUUGCAGAAACCAUUGACUUAAAUGUGGCAGAUCCUGUUGCCCAUAAGCACACACCUUACAUUAUCAUUCUUGUUAAGAUGGCUGAUGAAUGGGCUAAAGCUCAUGGUGGUAGCCUUCCAUCAUCUAGGGAUGAGAAAAAACAGUUCAAGGAACUUAUCAAAGCUGGGAUGAUUGCAUUGGAUGAAGACAACUAUAGAGAAGCUACUGAGGCCUCUUUCAAAGUCUUCGCUCCUCGAGGAAUUAGUCCAGAUCUGCAGCAGAUAAUUAGUGAUAACCGUGCUGACCUUGAUUCUAGUUCAUCUAACUUUUGGGUGAUGGUGGCUGCUUUAAAGGAGUUCAUUGUGAAUGAAGGUGAUGGCGAGGCACCUCUUGAGGGUUCAAUACCAGAUAUGACAUCUUCAACAGAGCUGUAUGUAAAUUUGCAGAAGAUCUACCAAGCAAAAGCCGAGGCUGAUUUUCUUGUUAUUGAAAAACGAGUGCGGAACAUACUGAAGAAAAUAGGAAGAGAUCCUAAUAGCAUCUCAAAGGCAAUGAUAAAAUGCUUCUGCAAGAAUGCUAGAAAACUAAAGGUUUGCAGGUAUCGCCUUAUUGAGGAUGAGUUCAACAAUCCUUCCCUACCACAGUUGCAAAAGUAUUUAACUGAUGAGGAUUACAGUGUUGCCAUGGGGUUUUAUAUCCUGCUUCGAGCUGUUGACCGUUUUGCUGCUAAUUAUAACAGUUUUCCAGGGCAGUUUGAUGGGGCAAUGGAUGAAGAUAUAUCUCGAUUGAAAACUACGGCUGUCAGUCUGCUUAGUGACUUGGGUUGCAACGGCUCACCCUUGACUGAGGACCUUAUCAAUGAAAUGUGCAGGUUUGGUGCUUCCGAGCUUCAUGCAGUUGCUGCCUUCAUUGGGGGAGUUGCAUCUCAAGAAGUGAUCAAGCUAAUAACAAGACAGUUUGUUCCCAUUCCUGGGACCUUCAUUUUCAAUGGCAUUGAUCACAAAUCCCAAUUAUUGGCGCUGUAGAAUGCAUCAAAAUGCUCUUUUCAAGGGAUAGAGCAGUCGACCCUUUUGCAGGUAUCAAUCAUUACAUUACCUACUGGAGGCAUUCUAUGUAUCAUUGCUAGGCUCAUGGUAUUAUGCGGAGUUCUGGGGUGACAAGUGUUUGUAAUUUAGUCAUUGAUAUCAGACUUGGAAGAUUAAAAAAAGUAAACUCAAAGCAAAAGAAGGAAAAGGAAAACAGACAAUGAAUAGUACCAAAGGAAAUGGGAGAAUGUAGUGUCUGAGGAGGCUUGUCACCCUUUCUUUUUUUGACCCAUAUCUUUGUUGAGGGACAGAACAUAGAAUAUAACUGAAUGGUAAUAUCCUUGUUGAGUUGAGGUUUUCAUUUAGCUUCUUGGAAUAAUAUAUUGUUAAUAAUGGUGAAGACUUCUUAACUAGGA